CAGAUCCUUCAGAGGCGGCUGGUGAUGUUCUUCCCGUCCCUGAAUGGCGAGCUGCAGGCCAUCUACAGAGGGCGCCACCGCUACUACUUCGCGCCCAAUCACUUCUACCCGCAGGCGUACGGCAUGGCGUGCUUCAGGGGUGCUCCUUUCCUGCCCAAGUUCAGUCAGAUGCUAAGGUGGAUGACGGAAGGAGGGCUGGUGUUGCACUGGAGACGGGAGGUGAUGUUUGAAGAGUCCAUCUCCACGCCCUCCACCUUCCAGGGCCACACUGAGCAGAGGUGGUCCACUGCUAUCAACCUGAAGCACUGCCAGGCUGCCUUCUUUCUCCUGCUGCUGGGGCUGGCGGUGGGGGCCGUAGCGCUAGUGGGGGAGGUGACUUUGGCUUCCUACAUCACCUCCAGACACGGCUUCUCCACUCCAUAGGUGAAAAUACAGGGAUGAUGUGAGAUGCCGCAGCUGCUGUCCUUGUGUCUGUCUGCCUUGUUACUUGAUCUACCAGUUUCCCAGAUUUUACUACGAGUUCUCUCCCUUCUUACCAAUUACUAUUACUCUCCCAGUUUAUCAGUUAGUCAUUCUGCCCACUCUGUCUAUUAGUUAUUGAUAUUUCUCCCGGUCUUUCCAUUAGUUACCGCUGUUAUUUCUCUCCUUGUCAACCAGUCUGCCAGUUAUUGUCACUUUCUCUCCCAGUCAGUCUAGUUACUGACAAUUAUUCUCCUCCAGAUAUUACUAUUACUAUUUUCUUUCCCUAUCUGUCACGAUCACUAUUUCCCUACCAGUUAUUACACAUCUUGCAGGCUUUCCACUGUCACCACAUAGUCUACCAGUCACUAUUAUCGUCUAUCUCCACCCAAGUGUCGCUCCACAUUCCGAAGCUUCCAGUGUUAGGUAAUAUCGCACGUAAAAAAAGAAAAAAAGUAAAUAAAUAAACAGU